AUGCACGUAGAAAACAGAUCAAUGAAUGAAAAACUUUCAAAAACCAAAAGAAACUCUUCUUCUCAUUCAAUCAAUAUCCAGUCUAUAAAAUAUGAUAAAGCUAAAAUAGACGAAAUUAUUGAAAGACUAGCCAGCUUAGAUAAAAAUAAACAUCCUGUUGAGUGUACAUCAGCAAGAAUAAUGUUGGGCUUCAAUCGAUACGAUUAUGGAUGUUCACCUGAGAGUAUUGCAAAACCGAAUAUGAAAAAAAUGACACAAGAAGAAAUUUUUGCAGUUAUUGAACGUUUAACACAAUAUGAUAUAACCAAGUGUCCUCCAGGAUCAAGAGGACAUGAAAAGAAACAAUAG